CUCUGAUCUGCCAAACUUCAGUGUGAAUCCUGGAAAUCGAUCUCCUUCAUUACUUUACAAUGGCCUACUGCUGUGUGUGCGGUUUGGCUCUGUGUGGGAUAUACUAUCCCGAAACUUUUGAUCUCGACGAUGAUGAGAAAGCGGUAUUGUACGACCAAGAGAAGUUAUCGAAGGCGCAAUUAGAGGUAUGAAAUCAAAAAUAUUUCGGAUUUGGGUCACCAUUUUACACAUGCAUUCUUAACAAAUUAUAGUGGACACAACAUGGCUUUUGUACCAUCAACGAGAAAUCCUUCGAGUAAGAUCCCAUUACGAGAAUAAAUAACAAAACAUGAGCUAACAAUACAAGAAAUAUCAAUCAAUCACACUUAUCGGAUUUAAGUCUAACAAAUUUCACCACUCUUUCGGGCACGCAAAUCCCGAUCAGACAAGCGGACCCCACGUUCCAAAGCGAUGACACUUUCCCAGAUAUCACCACUGCAGGAUCCUUUUUCCCGAUUCACUUGCGCUGCCUUACCCUUGUCGAGAACACCAUCAAGCAUCAAGUUGAUAUCAACUCACACACAGAGAUUUCAGGCAUAGCAGCAAUUCAAUACUUUUAUCGGUGUUUAGAACGUCUAAAACCACUGAUUCGGGAGAGCCAAGAGAGAUUCACGGGAAAAGGCGUGGAAUGGGAGCACGGCUAUUAUGGUGCAAGAAGAUUCUGGUUCGAUAGCUGGACCAUGGAAAUGGGUUGGGAGUUCUUGUGCGCAGACCCCUUUGAUAUUCCCGACUUAACAGACUUUCUGCUUAACAAUCUGGUGGAAAUCCCAGCCUCGGAAGUCGAUCUGUUUCAACAAAACCCCAAGUCUGACGGAGUUUCACUGGAUACACUUCCUACCGAAAUCAUCGACAAGAUAAUUUCCAACCUUCCUACAACCUCAAUUCUAAGCCUUCACCGCACUUGCCGGAAACUUUCAAAUCAAAUUCGUCUCGACCAAUCGUUUUGGCGGGAUAGAUUGAUAGCCGGUACCAUCGUUCCAUUUCUCUGGGAUAUCGACGAAGCUGCCUGCCUCGAGAAAGAUGAAAAGUCCAUGAAGAAUAUGUGUUGGGAUUGGAAAGAAUUAGCUCGUACGCUGCGUGAGGAGCCAUUUGUUGAAUUGGUUCUGAAAGAUGUCUUGAAUCAGCCACUUAUGCAAGGUCUCGGUCUGGAUCAUUUGAGCUACUUCAAUGAGAUCAGCCAUACUGCCACGACAGGGCUGUCUGGAAAUCCACCACUUGGGUUGAUCAACAGGAUUAGGAUAGGAAGAAUCAUCAAAGAGGCAAUCUUGCGAUCUGGAGAAAUUAAAUGAAAGCCGAUAGCCUGGUUGAACAUUCAUUACAUUCCUCAACGAUUAUUUCAAAUUUACUCCCCUUUUUUUACUUUCCUUAAGCGAAUACCCUCAGAACAAGCGAGAUGUUUUCUACAUUUGGCCCGUAACGAUAUUCUAUCUAGUUACAGGCUAGCAUUCUAUUACAUGAGAUAAUACCUCACAAAUAUUUCCCCGUGUAUUAUCUCUUGUUGUGGUUAUUCAAGAAAGGCUUCAGCCAUAUUAAGCUGUAUCAAUG